CACAACGUUUGGGCCCAGGGAUAAAACAGGAGCUGCAAGGAAAGAUGGGUUGAAGACAGAGAUGGCUUAUUAUACUACUAACAAUAUCACGAGGACACGGACUUCAGACAACAACGAAGCAAGCCAACAAGUCAAGAAACACACACAGGCUUCGGACAACAAUGCCGUAACUGAUGAGCCAAACGACCACAAGAACAACACCAUUUCGGGAGGAAGAAUUCGCACACACAAAGGCUUCAGAAAAGGGCCAAACGAUGCUUCUGAUAUCACCUCUAUGAAAGAACAAGAACAAGGUGCCGGAUUUGGUAAUACAUCCAACACAUGCAACGAAAAAACAAACCUUGUUUUCUUGAAGACCCACAAGACGGCCAGUUCUACUGUACAAAACAUAAUUAUGCGGUUCGGAAGUACUAGAAACCUCACCUUUGUUCUACCAAGAAAUGGACACAUAAUGGGCUGGCCAAAAUUAUUUCAGAAGUCAUUUGUGCUCCAAAAGGACCUUUCGAAGAAAAACACCACCUACAAUAUCCUCUGCCACCACAUUCGGUUUCAUCACGAGCACGUUCGAGAACUUAUGCCAGACGAUACUGUAUAUAUCACCAUCAUUAGGAACCCAGUUUACAUGUUUGAAUCGAUUUUCAGUUACAUGCGAUUCGACAAAGAUUUCCGGAUAAAAAAUACUACUGAGCCUCUAAAGACCUUUCUGGAACAGCCCUCUUACUAUGUCAAGUUCGGGACAAAAAGACCCGCAGCGCUAUACCGUAACCCCAUGUUGUUUGAAUUUGGGAAUAUCAGGACAGAGUCUGACACAGAACAAAGCAUAGAAUUUGACAUUGAUCGAAUCGAGAAAAUCUUUUCUGUUGUAAUGAUAGCAGACUAUUUCGAAGAGUCCUUGGUUUUGCUGAAACACACGCUUUGCUGGGAUAUCAAUGACGUCACGUUUUUCAAGAUGAACGCACGAGAAAAUGAAUCCAUACGUAGCAUGACGGCAGAUAUGGCGGAAAAAAUCCGGCAAUGGAACAAGGCGGAUGCCAUGUUGUUUGAUCACUUCAACAAAACAUUGUGGUCUAAGCUUUCCAAGCUCCCCUUCGACUGGAGAAAAGAGGUGGAAGUUUUAAAAGCCAAAAAUCUGCAAAUACAAAACGAGUGUCUUCAGUCUGACAGUGUUAGUAACGCAACUAUGGAUGACAAACGCUUUGGCGUGUUCCAACCAGCCGGCAUUCAUAUGGAGCACUUCCAGUUGAAGGAAAAUGCCCUGAUGAACAAGACUUGUGUAAACAUGGCAAAAUCAGAAAUACCAUUUACACGUGAGCUACACGACAAGGAAAAGCGCAGAAUUUUAAAUCAACUUUGAAUUAAUUUGACACUAGUAUUCUUAUAGCAUAUAGAACAUGUUUUGGUUACUUUUGAAACAACUUCAUGUUAUUCAUAAAACUACGAAAAGAGUAGUUGAUAUCUGUUAAGGCAUCUGUUAGAAAUAGCAACAGCAAGGAUGUCAAAUUAACAUCGCAAAAUGACCACAUACAUAUGAAGGUAAAAUAUUUUUCUAGCCCUAAACUACGAUGAAUAUAGACUGAAAACGUUUAUUUGAAUAUUUGGUGCUGUUGAAUAAAUUCAGUGCAGUAACGAAUUCCAAGGUGCAACAAGUUGAAUAUACCUCAGUGGUUAAUUUGGUCCGCCAUGU